UAAGCUAACCUAGCUUAAACGUUGACGUAGCAUUAAUUUAGCUAACGUCAACAUUUAAGCUAACCUAGCUUAAACGUUCAUGAACCACGAGGGGAUUUAUUUGCCUUAAAUGCCGACUAUCUGGGAAAGUAAGUUUGUUCAUAACUCUUAUCACUCUAUUAUUGUCAUGGAGUUGUGAAAGUUGGAAACACCGGAGCUGAAGUGAACUAACUGCUGCGGACGCGAAUGUGCGGCGACGGGAGGAAAGUUGUGUCCGCUUGACACCACAUGCUGCAUUACCGCAGACUCCCACAAUGCAUCUGACGAUUAUAUCUGUGUUUAUCAAUAAUAUUGUACAGUACAGCUUUAGCCAGUAGCUCCCUUCGAUAGCUCAGUUGGUAGAGCGGAGGACUGUAGUGGUUGCAUAGUAAUCCUUAGGUCGCUGGUUCGAAUCCGGCUCGAAGGAGACAUUCUUUUUUUGCAGUUUCAAUAGCAAUACGUAAUAUACGUAAAUUCGAAUUCACAAACAAUGACUGUGCUGCUGCACUCUGCUGUUAGAGCAAAGUAAGCCCAAGCCAGCCAAUCAGCGCACGACCUCAUGUUCCAUUGGGCCAAUCACGUCCCGAGCCUGUGGGCUUACUUUUGACCAAUCACGUUCCAUCUUCGGGAUCCUUUAUAAACUCUCGGAGGAAAAUGAUAAACAGUCAUCCACAGCUGUCAGGCCUAUCGUUUAGCAAGCGAUUAUGUAUGCAUACCCAGUGCUCCGUAAAACUCCUCAGGGGCGACUCAUCAUGGGGCCAACUGAAGAGGCAAACCGGAGUGAGACCGUGGUGGCAGGGAGGGCCAGGAGCAAGGACGAGGUUCUGGCCGAGGCCACUGCCUUCAUGAGGCAAAACGGAGGGGAUCCCGGUGACCAGUUCCUGGUUCUGGCUCACUGCAGGAUCCAGCUGGGGAAGUACCAGGGCCAGAGGUUCCGGUGGCUGCUUGAGAAUGCGCUGGGGUAUGCAGUCUACCUGGUUGGCAACAUUAUCGUGAAAGAGGAGAGGGACAACCCGCUGUCGGCCAAUAAACACCUGUUCCUCAGGUACACCUCCCAUAUCAGGGAGAUAGGGGAGGCUGUGGAGGUGUACCAGAGAAAACAGGCCAUGCUGCAGGAGGCCCAGAGGACCGGAGACUCUGGCUGUCUAAUGGUGGAGUUUGGCGACUUCAGGGGCAGGUCCAUGAAGGAGGUGUAUGAGGACCAAAGCAAGGAAGCCCAGGCUCUCAUCACCUACCUGAAAAAGGCAACAGCCAGGCCAAACACCAACAUGGCCCUCUUCAAAGCAUAUGUGCUGAAGAGGCAGGCUUCGGCUCCAGCCCCUGUGCCCACCACCACUGCCACUGCACCUGCCCCCACUGCUGCUGUGUCUGCUGCUGCUGCCAUGCCCACUGCAUCUGCCCCCACUGCUGCUGCCACCAUGCCCACUGCCACUGUGUCUGUUCCUUCUCCACCUGCUGCAACUCAGAGCAGGCUCCAGGUUGCUGCCACUGUGAAGGCCCUGCUGGUGCAUGGGAUGCAUUUGUCUGCUUCACAGCUGGCACAAAAAAUAUUGUCUCCAGCUACAAUUAUUACAGUGUAUAUGCAGUAUAUCAAACUUGCAGACAUCUGUUUUAAAUCAUAGCUGCAGUGCCACGUUGCCCCCCUUCGUCACAGUCCACAGCCCGGAGACGACUCUUUACCUGUGACACUGCUGCUGGGGAUUUUUUUGAGGAGAAAGACGACCAGGAGAUGGUGAUGGUGGCCUCACAGGCUGAGGAACAACUUCCUCAAGAGAAAUGGCACUUAUCAAGUGUCAAGCUACAUUUAAUCUUUGAGUGCACUUCAUCAAAGCAAAAAGGGAACUUAAAGGUGUAUGUAAACUGUAUUUCUUUCAUUUUUGUCGUAAUCACUGACCAAAACUCAUUCCUCAUCUCACACCUCCCCUAAGUGUGGUUGCAGAAUGUUGUAGUUUAUAGGUGCUCACAGUAUGUCUUAGAGCUGCUUUGCUUCAUACUUGGCUGAUCCCAUCCCACUUUUCUUUUUGUAUUUGACCUAAUGGUGCUUGGGUGAAAAACAGGAUGAUUUUCACAGCUUCCUUCCACAACUCCAGUGUUGCAUCAUCAUGUCGCCUUGCUACUAAUCAUACAUGCUUUCUAGUAAUUGUUGUAGUUGUAGUGGAUGUCCAGCAGUGCUGAGAAAGACAUGCAGUGAAAAUCUUUACUUAACAACAAUAAACUAAUUGUUUUGUCUCUUCUUGCGCAGCC